AUGUUUGUACCUUCUAUCGACCUUGGAGAUCCCUCCUUGACCUCCCUCUAUUCUUCACUUUCAUAUUUCAAUGCAGCUAUUUUGAAGAAUGGCAACGUAGACCAAGUAAGGUCUCUUAUCAGUCAAACCGGUUCCACCCUCUACUGGACCUAUGCCAACACCGUCGACGAAGCUGUUCAACUAUGGGAUAUUGGUAUCUUCAAGGUCAUCGUUGACUUGAACACAUUCCUCAAAUUUCAAACCGAGUUCAACGGUAUCUCUGACGAUCGUAUUGCUGUCCGAUGCUCUCGUGUGACUCCUGAGCUCAGUAAUCUUCCUGUGUCUAGUUUCAUAUUCACUUCUACCGAAGCUGCCGUCGAGUUCGCUCAAAGCAAGACAAGUCUGCUUAGCAAUGGUGGUAAGCGUACUGCUGUUGUUGAAUUGGAAAACGUCACUGUUCAGACAAUUGCCGACUUACACGCUCAACAUGUGGACGUUAUUGUUUCUGCAUCCCUUCUUACAGCCAAUCCAGAAGAUGAAUCCAAGAUCAAGAUCGCUGAUGCCUUUUUGGCUGCUGUCAGAACCGAUCGUACAGAUGGCCUUUAUACGACUAUGGUGGUAGAUGAAUCUAACAAGGCUCUUGGUUUGGUUUAUUCUAGUAAAGAAAGUGUUGCCGAGUCCAUUCGUCUCGGUCAAGGCGUGUACCAGAGCCGUCAAAGAGGAUUAUGGCACAAGGGUCUUACCUCAGGUGCUACUCAGACAUUAAAGCGUAUUGAUUUUGAUUGUGAUGGCGAUGCAUUGCGUUUUGUCGUCGAGCAACAUGGAGCAGGUUUCUGUCACUUAAACACGCGCAACUGUUUUGGUCACGACACUGGCAUUUCUGCUUUGGAAAAGACUUUGAAAGACAGACAACUGAAUGCACCCGUAGGAUCCUAUACGGCAAGACUCUUUGGCGACUCCAAGCUGUUACGUGCCAAAAUUAUGGAAGAAGCUGAAGAACUUUGUCAAGCAACUGAUAAGGACGAAGUCGCUUGGGAGGCUGCUGACUUGAUUUACUUUUUGCUCACUAAGUGUGUCACAGCCGGUGUCUCCUUGGCCGAUAUCGAAAAGAAUUUGGACAAGAAGGCUAGAAAGGUCACCCGUCGCCCAGGCAACGCCAAACCCAAAUGGGUAGAACACAUCAGUAGCUCUGCUCCUCAACCAACUCAACAACCCCAAGUACAGAACGAUGGCCGAAUUAAAAUGCAAAAGUUUAUUUUGGACGAAAUUGAUAACAAGCAACGUACCAAUCUUUUGCUCCGACCUAUCAUUGACUCUAGUGAAAUUAUUCAACGUGUCACACCAAUCAUGCAACAAGUCAGACAGCGUGGCGAUGCCGCCCUUUUGGACUUUACUCGUCAAUUCGACCGUGUCAGUCUGGACUGCCCAACCAUCAAAGCUCCUUUCAACCCUGACAUGAUGCAACUCGAUCCUGUCACGAAGGCUGCCAUCGACCAAGCCUACGAUAACAUCUACAAGUUCCACGAUGCUCAACUGGACAAACAACAACUUGUGGUUGAAACAAUGCCAGGCGUUGUCUGCUCACGAUUUAGCCGUCCUAUUGAACGAGUAGGUCUCUAUGUUCCUGGUGGCAGCGCUGUCUUGCCCUCAACCACACUCAUGUUGGGUAUUCCUGCCAAGGUAGCCGGAUGUAAAGAAAUCGUGAUUGCAACACCUCCAAGACCCGAUGGCUCCGUCGUGCCUGAAGUGCUCUAUGUUGCCCAUAAGGUGGGCGCUUCUCAUGUCGUGAAAGCAGGGGGUGCUCAAGCCGUGGCUGCUAUGGCCUAUGGUACAGAAACUGUUCCCAAGGUCGACAAGAUCUUUGGACCUGGUAAUCAAUACGUAACAGCUGCCAAGAUGGUCGCACAGAAUGAUACAAGUAGUCUGGUCGCUAUCGAUAUGCCUGCUGGUCCUUCUGAAGUGCUCGUCAUCGCCGACAAGACAAGUAAUCCAGUUUAUGUGGCUGCUGAUCUUCUUUCCCAAGCUGAACACGGCCCUGAUUCACAAGUUGUGUUGGUGGCUAUUGACUUAUCAGAAGAGCAUUUGAAGAAGAUUGAAGAUGAGGUUCACAACCAAGCAAUUGCCUUGCCUCGAUGUGAUAUCAUUCGCAAGAGCAUUCCUCAAUCAUACAUCUUGAAUGUAAAGACAUUGGAUGAAGCCAUGAAGUUUUCUAAUGAUUAUGCGCCAGAACAUCUUAUCUUGCAUGUGGAUAAUGCUCCUGAUGUAUUGCCCAUGGUGGAUAAUGCUGGCAGUGUAUUUGUUGGACCUUACUCUCCUGAAAGUUUCGGUGAUUAUGCCUCUGGUACUAACCACACGUUACCCACCUAUGGCUAUGCUCGUAUGUACUCUGGUGUGAACACGAAUGGUUUUGUCAAGCAUAUUACAUCACAACAAUGCACUGCAGAAGGAAUGGACAGACUUGCUGAUACUGUCAUGCGCUUAGCAGAAAUUGAAGGAUUAGGUGCUCAUCGUAAUGCAGUAGCUGUUCGUGUUGCUGACUUGAGAAAGUAA